AUGACCGCAAAGCUACUCAAUGAUGCAUUGUUAACCAUGCAUCAGCAGCAUCAGUUCGGUCAGCUGGUAUUCUAUAUGGAGGCGUGUGAAAGUGGCUCCAUGUUCAAGAAUAUCCUGAAAAACGACAUCAAUGUGUACGCUAUCACUGCUGCCAAUGAAGAGGAGUCAUCGUAUGCCACUUACUGCGAUAAUGACCUGGGUGUACCAUGUCUAGGAGAUGAGUUCUCAGUAAACUGGAUGGAAGACUCCGACGAGUAUGAUCUCAACUACGAGACACUGGACAGGCAGUUCGAGCAGGUGAAGAUAUGGACAGGAGCAUCUCAUGUGAUGCGUUAUGGUAAUCUUAGCAUAGGCGAAGAACCAGUGAGUUGGUUCCAUGGUGCUGCGAACGUCAAGCCGAAGAUUGGCGGAAGCAAUAAAAAUUCUCAACACCAAAAAACGUUAUGGCCGUCGAGAGAUGUCGAACUCAUGCAUUUGCUAGAGAUGAAGAAGCUUCACCCACACUCAGCCGUCGUUGAUGUUGAAAUCAGCAGGAUUCAGAAGGUAAACUACAUAGAACUACAGUGUGGCCACGUAGGUAACUAA